CAACUUGUUUCAUUACAAGCACACACUUUAUCAAUCCACUUUCUCAAUUAUUUCCACCACCAUCAUCAACCUCCAUCAAUGGUGGCUCCGGCGACUCUUCCGGCAACUAUACCGGAAAACCUAACCAGAGAACAAUACCUCUACAUGUCAAAACUAGCAGAACAAGCCGAACGCUACGAAGAAAUGGUCCAAUUCAUGGAAAAACUCGUCCUCAGCCUCACUCCACCAUCAGAACUCACCGUCGAGGAGCGCAACCUCCUCUCCGUCGCCUACAAGAACGUCAUCGGCUCACUCCGAGCGGCCUGGCGCAUCGUUUCGUCGAUCGAGCAGAAAGAGGAGUCUCGGAAGAACGACGAUCAUGUUGUGCUGGUGAAGGAUUACAGAUCUAGGGUUGAGGAUGAACUUACGGCUGUUUGUUUAGGGAUUUUGAAGAUUUUGGAGGUGAAUUUGGUGCCGUCUGCGUCUACGCCGGAAGCGAAGGUGUUUUGGUUGAAGAUGAAGGGAGAUUAUUAUAGGUAUUUGGCCGAGUUUAAAGUUGGAGAUGAGAGGAAGGAAGCUGCGGAGCAGACUAUGAACUCGUAUAAAGCUGCUCAGGAUAUUGCAGAGGCGGAUCUGGCUCCAACUCACCCGAUAAGAUUGGGUCUGGCUCUAAAUUUCUCCGUCUUCUACUAUGAGAUCCUUAACUCAUCUGACAAGGCUUGUAACAUGGCGAAACAGGCAUUUGAGGAUGCCAUAGCUGAGCUGGACACUUUAGGUGAAGACUCCUACAAGGAUAGCACUUUGAUCAUGCAACUACUGAGGGACAAUCUCACUCUGUGGACCUCAGACGCUCAGGAGCAGAUGGAUGAAUAGCAAACAAGACGGCUGAUGAUGGUUGUGUGACUGGAGGAGGAGGUGGGCGUGGAAUGUCAUUGUUUCUUGUCAAGUUUCCUUUUUAAACAACAAAAUUUGCUUUUAUAAAAUUCUCCUUCUGAUGCAUUUUCAGUUAUUUUCUCUCGUUUCGAUACAAAACCAAUUUUAAACCACCUCACGUGACCAUUUGUACGUGAUGCAUGCCAAAUACAUUGAGAGUAUCCUCGUUAUGUAUCACAGUUAAAUCAGUACAAGUGUUUAUGUGAUUCUUGUAACUUUAUUCCUAAAGGUUGGGUUAAUUGGUUCUGUGUUGAUUAAA